UCUGCUCUUCCUCCCCCACCUGCUGCUCACCACCGAAAUCACCCUCAACCAGGAACCAUGAGUCUAUCCAAACUCCCUGCUGAGAUCUUCAAGAUCACAAUUCACCAUGUUGUACUCGAAGCCGGUAUGAACAGAGCGUGGACUCUACGACAAGUCAAUCGGAUCUUCGCUGCCGAGAUCAAACACGACAUACUCACUCACCAAACCAGGAACGUGAUUGAACCGCUUCUACCUGAAUUAGUAACCUUCGAGUCGGAAAGUGUGUUUCCCAAAGAUAUUAUUGGCGAGAAUAUCGAGUACUAUCUCCACAGCUGCUUGAUUAAUCCACUGGAUGCCAGUAAGCCAUUCAUUGCCAAAGUUCGCCAACUCAUUGAAUUCGUAUGCGAGGAGCAGAAAAUCGUCGUGGAAGCUGCCCGCCGCGACUGCUCGAGCUUGUUGUGUCAAGGCCUGGUAGCAAUGCUAGGCGAGCGCCGAAUCAUCGACAUGUUGUAG